AUGCAGACCCAGUGGAUGCUGGCAGCUUUCCUCAAUGUGGAGGAGGCCGCGGGCAAGGUGGCCGCCGCCCUGACCUGGCUGCUCGGGGAGCCCGUGCUGUGGCUGGGUUGUCGCGCGGACGAGCUCCUGAGCUGGAAGAGGCCGCUGCGCAGCCUGCUCGCUUUCCUGGGUGCCAACCUGCUGUUCUGGUUCCUUGCGUUGACUCCGUGGAGAGUUUACCAUCUCAUUUCCGUCACUCUGCUUGGGCGUGUGAUCAUGCAAAUCAUCAAGGACAUGGUUUUGUCUAGGACAAGAGGUGCGCAGUUGUGGAGAAGCCUCAGUGAAAGUUUGGGCCUGAGCUCAGCGUGAGCCUGGCUUCCGACUGUGGGGCUUUCUUCAGCAUCCCUCAUGGAGCUGGUGACGCGCGGGGACACAUAAGCAUGCAUACAGACUUCAGACAUUUAAGGACUUUGUAGACUCUGCAAGUGUUUGCACUGCGGCAGUUCGUCAUGCCAACGCCAGCCUCUGAUUUCCAGCAGCAACAAUGGUAAUUGGGGCUUUUUGUUCAGAUGCCUUGUUGAGUCAGCGUAAGUACCCAGAACAGCCAUUUGUGCAAAUGUGACUCUAGUGAGCAUACUCCAAGACCGGCUCAUCCUUCACCUGUUUGCUCCACAACAGGGGCUUCACAAACUGUGUGUGGAAUUUGUAGAGCGGUUGCUCUACAAUUAAAAACUUUUGUGACUUUGUCCUUGUAUUAGGUUGAGACCGACUCUUGAGCCUCAUAGUAUCUUUUAAUUUCUGCAAAACGAUGGCUGUUCAUUUAAUAAAAUCCUCUGUUAAU